GUGAGCAUGCGUAUAACAGCAAUGUUUAUAUACAAGCAGACUGGACCAAGACCGAAGUUACCGAUAAUAUCGUACCUACUUUCUAGCGCAGAGUAAAGAAUGAUCCAGGUUAAAGAAAAAACAGAUGGUUGCCUUAAAACUGAAACACAGGAAGGGAAGACUGUGAAUUCAGAUCCUGGACAUGAAGUGGGGCACAGCAAGUCCUCCAGUGGAGAAGCUGACCGCUGCCCUGAAGUCCCUCUGGGAUGGGUUAAGGUGGUGAGGCAGAGGAAGUCUGGCAAAACUGCAGGAAAGUAUGAUGCUUACAUGAUCAGUCCACAAGGAAAGAAGUUCAGAUCCAGGGCUGCACUUCAGGUCUAUCUUCAAAGCAUUCAAGAGGUUAAACUAACAGCAGCAGAUUUUGAUUUCACCGUACCUGGGAGGAGUAAUGCCUUACCAAACCCUGCAAGAAAAGAUAGCAAAUCUUCUAAUAAAGACUUGAAAGUUCAAUGUGACAUUGCUGUGGAAACCAAAGAAGUCGCCCUGUGUGUAACGGAGGGAGGGUCUGAAAGUUGUGUUUUCAGUGAACUGGCUUCUGCGUUCUCUCUGGCUUGCGUGGAAGGCUAUGAGGUUUUUCCUGAAAGCGGAGCUGAUGUAAACUUGUGCACAAAGACUAAACGUGGACACUCUGCGGCAAAAGAAACUCCUGCAAGGAAGCUAAGGGGAAGACAGGGCAGGACAGGUUCAGGUGGGGGGCUGAGAAAGACGGCAAGGAAAAUCUCAGCCACGCAGCAGGAGAAGAAGGUGGUCCAUGGUGGUGAAGCUGGGGUGAUGAGGAGAACAAGCUACUCCAGAGGCAUCAAAAAAGAAAAACUUCUGAAAGAAUCAGAAAAGGGGGAAGGGCUUUUAAACGGGACAUUGUUAAAAUCAUUGUACUCGAAUGAAAUCCAGUCCAAUGCAGACUCCCCAGUGAGUCAGGCAGAGCCUUUAAAAGUGAAGCCUGGCGAUAUCACUCAGCCUGCCGAUAUCACUCAGCCUGAGGAGAUCUCCACUGAGCCAGGGUCAGAUCAAGCUGGUUUCGUGCCCCAACACGGGGAGAAGGGGGGUUCAUCGGAGAGGUUUACAUUGGUGAGACCACAACAAGCAGGGGAGUUUAGUCUGAAAACACAAAUAGAGAGACGGAAGACAAGCCUCUACUUCUGCAGCAAAUCCACCAAAGAAGCUCCAAGCCCACCCAGGCGUAAAGCUUUCAGGAAAUGGACCCCGCCUCGCUCUCCAUUUAAUCUGGUACAAGAAACGCUUUUCCAUGAUCCUUGGAAACUUCUGAUUGCCACCAUUUUCCUCAAUAAAACCAGCGGUAAGAUGGCAAUCCCAGUUCUGUGGCAGUUCCUUGAUCGCUACCCAUCCCCUGAAGUCACUCGUAGCACCGACUGGACAGAGAUAGCAGAGCUGCUGAAGCCUCUGGGUCUGAAUGAACUGAGAGCUAAAGCGAUGGUGAAAUUUUCAGAUGAAUACCUGACUAAGCAGUGGAAGUAUCCCAUUGAAUUGCAUGGCAUUGGAAAAUAUGGAAAUGAUUCCUAUAGGAUAUUCUGCGUCAAUGAAUGGAGGCAGGUUGACCCUCAAGACCACAAAUUAAACAAAUACCAUGCCUGGCUGUGGGAAAAUCAAGACAAGCUGGGAAUCUAACUGUGAAAACUCUCUUUGUAUAUAUAUAUAUA